AUGGCUUCUGUUGGGAACACACUCUGUCUCGUUGCAGCUUUGCUUCUAAUCUACCAAAAGACAGCCACUUCCAACUUCCUCGAUCCUAUUUUCGGUAACAUAUGCAGUAAAGUGGAAUGUGGGAAAGGGAAAUGCAAAGAGUCUUCAAACGCAACUAUUAAGCAUGAAUGUGAGUGUGACAAUGGUUGGAAGCAGUUUGAUAAUAACCUCAAGUUUCUCCCUUGCAUCAUUCCCAACUGUACCUUUGAUCUAACAUGCGGGGAAGGAGCUUCUCCAGCACCACCUCCUAAAGAUACCAAUCCUUCACUUUUCGACAUUUGUCACUGGGUGCAGUGUGGAGGAGGAGGGGUUUGCAACAAUACAAACCCGUUUUUAUACAGCUGUGAUUGCCGUGAAGGUUACACCAAUCUCUUGAACAUCACCACAUUUCCUUGCCACAAGAAAUGUGCACUUGGACUGGAUUGCGUGAAUCUUGGGAUCCCUCUGUCGAACGCAUCAUCAUCAUCGUCUCCUUCACCUGAUCCUCUGCCUGAUAGCACCAAGAAUCAAGCAGGAAUGAGUCUAAGAGGAUCAUCGUUGUGGUGGAUAACAUCUCUGCUCUGUGUCUCUCUAGCACCAUGGAGGCUGCUCUACAUUUGA